AUGGAAAGGAAUUCAAAUAAGUUUGUAGGAGGUAAAUUAAAAUUAAAAAUUAAGAAGAAGAAGAUAGAUAAAAAGAAAGUAAGCAAAGGAAAAGAGAAGGAAACAGAAAAUGAAGAAACAAAUAUAGUGACAGGAAGUGGGAGAGUAAUAACAAUCAAAAAUACAAUUCAAGGAUUUGAUACAAACUUUAUAGAGGAAUUAAAAGUAGGAUAUGAAAUUAUUUUAGAACAUCCUACAAGCUUACAAACAGAAAAAAGAAUUGUUACUUCUAUCUUAAGUAAUAAAACUGUACUUGUGAAUGAAGAGUUUACAAGUGAUUUUAGUACGACAUGUAAAUUUUAUAUAAACAAAAUUGAAAAAGAUAAUAAAACAAUUCACGAAAAUGAAAAUGAUAAUAAUAAUUUGGAAUAUGUAAAAGUUAUAGAGAACAAAAAUAAACAUGAUGUCAUUAAAAUAAGACAGAAAGUAGGAUUAUGGUCCUAUAAAAUAGUUGAUAAAAAAAUUAAGGGUAAUAUGACAAAUGAGCAAAAAUUAGAUGAACGUGUAAAAAGUGGACGAGAUAAAUUCUGUUGGUAA